GCAGCAGCUUUCGAAUAUAUUUUCCUAUCUGCGACCGCAUGCGGAGGAGACGUUCAAUUCGGAGCAAGAGGAGAAACCCUUCAUCGCUGGCUUUAAGCACGAAUUGGACCAAGUGAGCGUUUUGCUGUUGCUUGAUAAUUUUUUUCAUACCAUUGCAGAACCUACUUAAGUCCCGUUAAACCAGCUUUUCUACACGGCCGCGAUGCGAACGACAGCCGCAUACAGGACAUCAGUGAAAACGAUGGCUCAUGAGAAGAGGAGAAGCGUGCGGAACUACAGAAGCCGUAAAACAAAAGUUAACACAGGUACAGGUAAUUAAGCGCUAAUUAAAUGUACUAAACCGCAACUAAAUAUGGAAGGAAAGAGAACAGAUGUGAAGAGAAUAACCAUCCCUGUACAUUCUACCAAAUAAAUGCAUGAAGGUGUAAACAAUGUUAGAAUAAAGCGCGAGGAAGCGGGGAACCAGUACGGAACGACGUCAGAUGAGGACAUGGAUUUCUUCCAAAUGGCAAAGAACAGCAAUGUUACAAUUAACGCGGAAACGAUAGAAUACCUUGGGGAAACGCAGUCGACACGCGCGCAAUACGACGUCUAUGAAUACGGUCAAGAAUCAACGAGCGAAGACGCAGAGAAAUAUACUCCGGAUCAGUUUUUAAUCUCGAGCAGAGGCUCGACUCUCGCGGACACCGAGAAUCCUGAGGAAGAACCGUACGAUUACGAAACUCUCAAAUUGGAGUACGAACAGCAGCUGGAAUACGGCAUGAAGCAUGGUAAAGUGUUGAAUUACACCGAGAAGAAAGAACCGAAAGAUACACCGAGAGAAGCAUUGAAGAGGAUAAUGGGUAUGAAGCAAGCCAAGAAUUGCACGAAAGAGGAGAUCAGUCAGAUUGGAAUCAAGGCGAUAGAAUGCCUCGCCUACGACUAUCAACAUGCACGAGAUAUGGCGACCGCGGGAAAGAUCCUCUCGCGGACGUGGCUGGUUCUCAGGGUCUGGCUGCUGAUUUACAUCUGCCUUGCGAUCCCGUGCUGGUGCCAACGAGGAUGGUGCUGCUGGUGUUUCCGUUGCAAAUUCUGUCUUCCACGAAAGAGAAUUUUAUUCGCAAAGCAAUAUUACACUAUGAAUCCACCUGGCACGCUAGUAAGAAAUUUCAAGAAAGAGAAAGACGUGCAAGAACCUAUUAAAUACGAAGCUACCGAGGAGGAACACAAUGCGUACAGGACAUUCGAAGCUGCGAUAAAAAAUAUAUAA